CCCGACGGACUUGAUCAGGCAUGACCUUUGAAACUCCGCAUAUUUACGUAAAAAUCUCGUAAAUUUUAUGUGAAUAUUAAUUUAAAAAAGUGUACUAAACUGAGAUAUUGUAUCGAACUCAUGUUCGUAGGGCUGUAUCGAAUUGUUCGUUAAAUAUUGUUGGUGUUUAUAGUGGUUAUGAAUUUGUAAUUGUGCAAGUUGACAUUACAAGCCGAAAGUUUCGAAGUUUUAAUUAGGUAACAAUGGAUAGUGAAAUUUUGAUGUUUCACGGUUGAAAGCGUCCACGUGGAGCAGACCUCAGCACCCAUGAAGCUAGCCAACCAUGAGUGCUUGGUGCUGCGUCGUGAUCAUGGUGUCCACGAUUAGUACUGGCGUGCUCUCUCCCGCGCCCAUGAAUGCGGAGGUCAAGGAAACUUAUGAUCGUCAAUAUUGGUAUACACAGGCCCAAGAAACGUUACAAAAGCGACUUCAGUACGCAACUGGAAAAAACCCUAUUGCCAAGAACGUGAUACUGGUAGUUGGAGACGGUAUGAGCUUAACGACCGCAACCGCUGCGCGAAUACUGCGAGGACAACGGCGUGGUCAGAGCGGGGAAGACACAGACUUAGUGUGGGAUACAUUCCCUGCUGUUGCUUUAGCUAAGACGUACAACGUAGACGCGCAAACCGGGGAGUCAUCAGCUUGUGCAACUGCACUCCUAUGUGGUGUGAAGGCGAGAUAUGAAACCCUGGGCCUCGACGCGGGAGCCAGGUUCAAUAACUGCGCUUCUACCAUCAAUUCUAAGGUCACUUCCUUGAUUGAUUGGGCUCAUGAUGCAGGCAAAUCAAGUGGUAUAGUAACAACAGCACGGAUAACCCACGCUACGCCGGCUGCGCUGUACGCCCACGCUCCGUCUCGGUACUGGGAGGAUGACAGUCGAGUUCCACCAACGGUGCGACGCGAUUGCAAGGAUAUAGCGCUGCAAUUGGUGGAAAACGAACCUGGACGGAGUAUUAAUGUAAUAAUGGGUGGUGGAAGAAGACACUUCCUACCAACCGUUACACCAGAUCCAGAGCAUCCAAAUCGAGAAGGCAGAAGACUAGAUGGUAGAAAUCUCGCGGAAGACUGGGCAAGGGAAAAGAAAAGGCGGCAUUUACGAGCCCAGUAUAUACAUACUAGAGAACAGCUGUCCAAACUUGAUCCACGCUCGGUGGAUUAUUUGCUAGGUUUAUUCGAAUACUCCCACAUGGAGUUCAACGCGGAGCGAGGAGCGGUAGCGGACGAGGAUGGCACAAGCGCAAGCGGAAACGUGAAGGCCGAAGACCCGUCACUCGCUGACAUGACACGCGCUGCCCUUUCUAUCUUGACAAAGAAUGAUAAGGGAUUCUUCUUAUUGCUCGAGGGUGGAAGAAUAGACCACGCUCACCAUUACAACAAUCCAUACAGAGCGUUGGAUGAAACACUAGAAUUAGAAACGGCCUUAUUAGCAGCACUUGAGAAAGUGAACCCGGCGGAAACUCUGAUAGUGGUUACAGCUGAUCACGGGCAUGUGUUGACGUUCGGUGGUCAGGCUACGCCUAGAGGGCAUCCAAUUUUAGGUGCAGACACAGUACCAUCAGAUAUAGAUGGUCUGAAAUACACAACAUUACUCUAUGGUACUGGACCAGGUCAUUCAGAGCCUAGAGCGUUACCAUACAAUGGUACAGCUUCUAUGGCGGUAGAUGCGGUACAUGCAGCGGCUGUUCCAAGACAAUGGUCCACACAUGGUGGGGAAGAUGUGCCUAUAUAUGCUCUAGGACCAAUGGCAACAAUUCUAUUCACGGGUGUAGUAGAACAAAGCUACAUACCGCAUGCGAUAGCGUAUGCGGCUUGCUUAGCGCACCAGGCACGGCGUUGCAUAGAAACCACCUUCAAUUUUAGUAAACCACAAAUAAAAAUACCAAGUUGUGUUCCACCCGAAGUGAGCAGUGUGUCGGCGCCGGACGAACAGCGAAGCGAAGGCACAAGCAACCGGCGCGUUGUCGUCGCUUCAAGCGUUAUGUCAGACGAGCGAGUGCGAUCUCAAUCCGCUCCGCUCAUGACCAACCGCUACCUUAUACCGAUUGCGCUUAUUGCAAAACACUUUUGUAAUUAUAAAUCGGUUUACAGUUUCGCAGGACUUUAGGUGGAUGGGUUGUAAAUAGUUUUGGAAUUGUAUGUUUUGUCACGAAUCACUGAUAGACCGCUCGUUUUGGCAAGUUUCACGAGUAGUCCGCUCUGUAUGGGCGUGUUGGCUUUAGAAGGUAAUGGUAUGGCAAUGCUAUAAAAUAUUAUGAUUAGUUUUUUUUAAAUCAUAUGAAAAUGCUCUAUUUCAUGUCCUUUUCCUUUAGCUCCCACUUUUUUUCCGCGCUGUUGCCGCAUCGUCGCCGCGACGUUGCCGUGCUGUUACCGUCUAUUGAAAUAACGGCCUAAGACCAAUAGCUAACACAGUUUCAUAUUAAAUCACUACGCAAUUUAAGUGUUGUAUACUGAUAAUUUUUUUAAUGUUACAUUUCAUUCAAUAUAUUUAAGAGAUUUUCAUCGAGUGGCGUUUAUUUACUUUAUAUUCCAUAGCUAAAAAGCUUCGAGUUUCAUAGAUUUUCAGUGCCUUUAUUUGUGUUUGAUCCCAGUUUUUCAAUUUCUUAAGUGAAAGUUUCAAUCUUGUAUUUCGUAGCGUAUUCUUAGAUAUAUUUUUGUAGUUGCUUUUCAUUUUAGAAGACCUUUAUAUUUCUUAAUUUUUCAUUUUGUUUUCUAUUGUUAAACUUCCAAUAUUUUUGUUAGCUAUAGUUAUGUUGACGCUUUUGUACUGCCUAGUAAUAGUAUUAAUUUUAAUAUAAUUUAUUAUGUAUUCACCUUUGGUCUAUAAGUUUUCUAUAACAGCUGUAAUUGUCUAGAAAGUCACUUGUAUUCAUUAUGCUUCGUGAAUUUAUUCAGCUACUAAUUACGCAACUAAUUUGAGUUUCCUUUAGUUAAAUGCUUUGAUUGCGACAAAACCAGUGCAAUUAGCAUAGCUUUUUCUGUUAAAUCAUUCAGUUGAACACACAUUGAAUAAUAUAGGUGAAUAAGGGUUUUUAAAAUAUUGUUAAACAAUUUUUAAUGAUUUCGUUGUCAAAAAAAUAUAUUUUUUAGAUACAAAUUCACUGU